CCCGGCCCGGCCCGGCCGGAUGGACCCCCCUGCGGCCAAGCGCAGCCGGGGCUGCCCGGCUGGACCGGAGAAGCGCGAUGCCGGGGCCGGGGCGGAACGCGGCCGGGGCCGGCCCGAGGCGCUCCUGGACCUCAGCGCCAAGCGAGUAGCCGAGAGCUGGGCCUUCGAGCAGGGGUGCCGGAGCCGGUCCAGAAGCGCAUCGUGUUCUGGUCGUUCCCGCGCAGCGAGCGGGAGAUAUGCAUGUACUCAUCGCUGGGGUACCAGCCCCCCGAGGGCGAGCACGAUGCACGGGUGCCCUUCACCCGCGGGCUCCAGCUGCUGCAGAGCGGGGCUGUGGACCUGGUGCUGCAAGUAGGGUUCCACCUGAGCGGAAGCGUCCGGGAGCCAGGAGGCCCUGGGGAGCCCGAGCGCCUCUACCAUGUCUCCAUCAGCUUCGACCGCUGCAAGAUCACCUCCGUGAGCUGCGGCUGUGACAACCGCGACCUCUUCUACUGCGCCCACGUGGUGGCGCUGUCGCUCUACCGCAUCCGGCACGCCCGGCAGGUGGAACUGCGCCUGCCCAUCUCCGAGACGCUGUCGCAGAUGAACCGGGACCAGCUGCAGAAGUUCGUGCAAUACCUCAUCAGCGCACACCACACCGAGGUGCUGCCCACGGCCCAGCGCUUGGCAGACGAGAUCCUCCUGCUAGGUUCCGAGAUCAACCUGGUGCACGGCGCCCCAGACCCCACCGCAGGCGCCGGCAUCGAGGACACGAACUGCUGGCACCUGGACGAGGAGCAGAUCCAGGAGCAGGUGAAGCAGCUGCUGUCCAACGGCGGCUACUACGGGGCCAGCCAGCAGCUGCGCUCCAUGUUCAGCAAGGUGCGGGAGAUGCUGCGCAUGCGGGACUCCAACGGGGCGCGCAUGCUGAUCCUCAUGACCGAGCAGUUCCUGCAAGACCCGCGCCUGGCGCUGUGGCGGCAGCAGGGCGCGGGCAUGACCGACAAGUGCCGGCAGCUCUGGGACGAGCUGGGGGCCCUCUGGGUCUGCGUCGUCCUGAGCCCCCACUGCAAACCAGAGGAGCGGGCAGGCUGGCUCCAGCUGCUGAGAACCUGGGACAAGCUGGACAUGUGUCCCCUGGAAGAGGGUAACUACUCCUUCGAUGGCCCCAGCCUGCAGCCCACCGCGGCCCCCAGACCAGGCUCGGAGGAGGACGAGGCGGCCGCCUCGCGAUCCCGCCACACGGUCUUCGGCCGCGCCCUGCAGGCCGGCGAGCUGCGCUGGAGUGACGCGCACCUGCAGAGGAUCCUUGCCAGUGACUCCUACGGCCCCAGCCUCACGGGCACCAUGGGCGGAGACAAGCCCACCUUCGACCCCCAGGGCCGCCCACUCUGGCUGGGCGAACCUUUCCCCACCGCCUGCGCCCGCGUGGACACCCUGCGCGCCCAUGGGUACCCGCGCCAGGCCCUACGGCUGGCAGGUGCCAUAGUGAACACUCUCCGGCUUCAGCGGCGACAUCAGCUUGAGAGUUACAAGCAGCAAAAAAAAGAGCUACUUCAGAAAGGUUCCACUUGUAUUACCAACACGGAAGGAUGGGUGGGCCACCCCCUGGAUCCCAUCGGCUGUCUCUGCAGGGCCCUCUUGGAGGCCUGUCGCCUGGAGGAGGAGACCCUCGACCUUUACCCAGACUCAGGCCCUGAGAAGCGGAAGGUGACCUACCAGCACGUGCCGGUGCCCGGGAACCCUGGCGAGUCGUACUUGGCGCUGGCGCUGGAGGUGGCCCUGCUGGGGCUGGGGCAGCAGCGGGCCCUGCCCGAGGGGCUGUACGCCCAGGACAAGGUGGUGCGGAAUGAGGAGCAGCUGCUGGCCCUGCUGGAGGAGGUGGACCUGGACGAGCGGCUGGUGCAGGUGCUGCGCAAGCAGGCGGAGCUGUUGCUGGAAGGGGGUCCCUUCAGCGGCUUUGGAGAGGUGCUGUUCCGCGAGAGCGUGCCCAUGCACAGCUGUGCCCACUACCUGUUUACUGCGCUGCUGCCGCACGACCCGGACCUGGCCUACCGCCUGGCGCUCCGAGCUAUGAGGCUCCCUGUACUGGAGACAGCGUUCCCAGCCGGAGAACCUCACCCCACCCCGCUGGACUCCAUCACGAACAACCGCUUCCCCCGCUGGUUCAUCCUUGGCCACCUGGAGACCCGCCAGUGUGAACUGGCCUCCACCAUGCUGUCUGCCGCUAAGGGAGACCCCACGUGGCUGCACGCGGUGCUGGGCUCCAUCCAGGAGAACAUCCACUCGCCCGCCCUGCUCUUCAAACUGGCGCAGGACGCCUGCAAGACAGCCACUCCGGCCAGCGCGCCACCAGACACCACGCUGCUGGGUAUCGCGCUGGAGCUGGGCCUGCAGGUGAUGCGGAUGACCUUGGACACCAUGACCUGGCGGCGGAGGGAGAUGGUGCGCUGGCUCGUCAGCUGUGCCACGGAGAUCGGCCCACAGGCCCUGAUGAAUAUUAUGCAGAACUGGUAUUCGUUAUUCACACCUGUGGAGGCGACCACCAUUGUGGCGGUGACGGGCACCACGCAUGCCACGCUGCUGCGCUUGCAGCUGGACACGCCCCAGCGGGAGGAGCUCUGGGCCUGCGCGCGCACCCUGGCCUUGCAAUGCGCGAUGAAAGACCCGCAGAACUGCGCCUUGCCGGCCCUGACCCUGUGCGAAAAGAACCACGCAGCCUUCGAAGCGGCUUACCAGAUUGUGCUGGACGCGGCGGCCGGUGGCCUGGGCCAUGCCCACCUCUUCACGGUGGCGCGCUACAUGGAACACCGCGGGCUGCCGCUGCGCGCUUAUAAGCUGGCCACGCUAGCCCUGGCGCAGCUCAGCAUCGCCUUCAACCAGGACAGCCACCCGGCCGUCAAUGACGUGCUCUGGGCAUGCUCGCUCAGCCACUCGCUGGGCCGCCACGAGCUCUCCGCCAUCGUCCCUCUCAUCAUCCGGAGCAUCCACUGCGCCCCGGCCCGGCCUGGGGCCGCUGGGGGCCCGCCGGGCUGCCAAGCCACUGGGCACGGAUCGGGCACCGCUGUGCCAACUCUUAGAUGCAGCGGUCGCCGCCUACAUCACCACCAGCCACUCCCGCCUCACGCACAUCAGCCCGCGACACUAUGGCGACUUCAUUGAGUUCCUGGGCAAAGCUCGCGAGACCUUCCUGCUGGCGCCCAACGGGCACCUGCAGUUCGCCCAGUUCUUAGACAACCUCAAACAGACCUACAAGGGCAAGAAGAAGCUCAUGCUUUUAGUGCGGGAGCGUUUUGGAUGAGAGGUGGAGGUGGGGGAGGCGGUGGGGGAUGCCCCCUUCUCCCCUGCCUCCCUGACAUUCGCUUUCCUGGGGGUGGGGGACUGGGGGCGGGGAGCUCGGCACCCGGAGGCCCACGUGGCAUUUCAGUAUUAAGUCAGAGGAGUCCGGCUGGAGGUGGGAGGCAGGAGGGGUGACAUCCUUCCAUGCGCGUGCCUAAGUGUGCGAGUGAGUGAGCGAGACUUCAGGAGCAGAAGCCAUACCACCACCCGGAA